AUGGUUCGCCUGAUUACGCACAACCUCCUUGCGUGUCACGCCAAAGGUUGCACCUCCAACAACUUUCCUUUACAGUUCAAGGAUGUGCAAAUCGUUGUCCGCGAAAGCGAAUUCAAUCCCGAUUUCUUGCGAGGAUUCAUACCAAAAAUAGAGUGGCCCGCACUUGUUUCUUCGUCCAGAGAGCUUGGGGACACUUCCUUAUCCGAUCAAUUACCCGAGAUGUUGGACGACGCUUUCUUGAAAACGCUCCAUCGCGUAUUGUUCGAGAUACACGUUGAGGAAGGUGUCAUGAUUUGCCCGAAUUGCAGUCAUCACUAUCCCAUCUCGAACGGCAUCCCAAAUAUGGCAAGUUCUGUUACCUUAUUAAUACGAGGCCUGCCUUACCUUGCUAGCUCUUGGCUGAACAUGAAAUUGGCUAACGAUCUAAAAAUUUCGUGA